CCUUUCCCGACCAGUCCCUCUCAGAGUCGCCGCGCCUAAUUAUAUGUUACCCAUCUCGCACUCGCACACACUCCCUCUCAAUCUCGCGCGGUCGCUAUGCAGCAUCACAACCUCCACCGUAACGAAUCGCCAUUAACCCCUGGGAGUCCGACCACUCCAUGCUGCGACGCCACCAUAGCCGCCGAGCGCAAGCGGUUGAAGAAGCGUGGAAGUUAUAACUGUGGCCGCUGUGGCCUCCCUAAGAAGGGUCACUCCUGCCAUGUCGGUAGCCCCACCGUCUCCAUAGACAGCACCCCAAUGCACGCCGAUUCAUCCGCCCUGUAUUCCAUGUCCCCCACGCUGCCCCCGCCACCGCGUCAGCCCUAUUCUCAUCUCCGCCGCGCGCUCUCAUUCGACGAUGACGUACGCGGCGGAUUCCAGGAGCCCGAGACAGAAGAGGACGAGGAGGACUUGGACCUCGGCCAUAGAUUUCCGGAUCCGGAGUCUGACGGUUUCCCGGCGGGUUGUUUGUGGGAGAUACUGAAGAGGUUGCCGCCGGCGGGGCUAUUGGGGGCGGCGAGGGUGUGCAAGGGGUGGAGGGAGACGGCGAGGAGGUUAUGGAGAGCGGCGGAGGAGCUCAGGCUUAGGGUUCCGGCUAGGUCUCAGGUCGGAUCUGUGUUACAGAAAUGCCCAGGACUCGUGAGACUCUCUCUAAGAAUGGAAAGUGAUGUAGAUGCAACAAUGCUAGCGUGCAUUGCAUUCUCUUGCCCUAAUCUCGAAUUUAUGGAGAUCUUGAAAUCUGAAGCUGCGAUAAAUCGGAUCUCUGGCGAUGAAUUGGGGAGAUUUGUUGCGGAUAAGCGAUGCCUCAAAAGUCUUAAGAUGGAAGGAUGUUCUAAUCUUGGGGGUUUUGUUCUUUGUUCGUCCAGUCUUUCAACUCUUUGGCUUUCAGAUCUAUUCUCCCUCUCUAAGACGGUUUUUAACUGCCCAAAUCUGAAAGAGAUUUCCCUUGAAUUUUCUUGCCAACAAAAUGAUAGUACCGAUCUGAUUACGAUGGUUGAUGGUGUGGGAAGGAAUUGCCCAAGGCUGCAAAACAUACACAUUGCAUCAGUUCGGCUUUCUCAUUCUGUUGUGCUUGCUCUUACAGCUGCAGAGCUCAGGUGGUUGCGAAUGCUUUCACUUGUUCUUGGAUCUGAAAUCACUGAUGCAUCUGUUGCUGCCAUUGCUUCAAGCUAUCCAGACUUAGAAUUGCUUGACCUAAGCGGAUCAAGCAUCAGUGAUAGCGGCAUUGGAAUGAUCUGCAAUGUGUUCCCUGAAACACUUUCAAGGCUUCUACUUGCUCUUUGUCCUAAUGUUACUUCAAGUGGCAUUCAGUUUGCCACAGCUCAGUUGCCUCUUCUUGAACUCAUGGAUUGUGGCAUGACCAUUUGUGAUCCUAAUUCUGAAAAUUCAGUCCCUGAUGAAAGCAAUGAUUGCGAAAUAAAAAACACUUCAAACACCCAACUACACCUUAUUCACCAGAAGCUAAUUAUCAAGCACAACCGGCUGAAGAAACUCAGUUUGUGGGGUUGUUCUGGCUUAGAUGCUCUAUAUUUAAACUGCCCAGAACUGAAUGAUUUGAAUCUGAACUCUUGCAAGAAUUUACAUGCAGAGAGAUUGUUACUUCAGUGCCCUAAUUUAGAAAGUGUGCAUGCAUCGGGUUGUCAAGAGUUGUUGAUUGGAGCCAUUGAAAGUCAGGUCAAGAAUAACUUCUCUGCUAUGGAAAAUGUAUUACCAUCAUGUAAACGUUUAGCUGACGGGUCCAAAAGGGUUCGAGUUCCUCAUUUUCUCAGUGCACAGUCAUACGAGGAUGACAAGAAGCCGAGGUUCGAGAGACGACAUUGUAAUGUUCUUGUGAGCUGACCACAUGUAUUCCCCUGACAUUUACAUUAGUGUAGACAUGGUGCGAUCUCGCCUAUAUUGUUAUGUUAAUUUCCCGAGGCUGUGUGGCCCUCGUGUAUUCAAACAGUUUAUUAUUGUUCCCAAAUCAUGCUAGGAAUUGGUUCCUUGUAGAGUUGCCUUUCCCUCCGAGAAAAAGGGGAAAACAAGAGGAAAAACUAACUGUAGUAGUCUCAAUCUCCAAUCAUUAUUGGAAAGAAACAUUGGCUGACCAUUGGACUUGUCAGUUCCUUCUCUCUCAAAUAAAGAUCUUAAUAAUUUUUACA